UUUUUAGUAGAGAUGAGGUUUCAGCGUGACCCUGACCUCGUGAUCCCGACUUUCUAGUCAUGGAUCUGCCUCCUCAUUGGUAAAAUUUGCAAAAUAUUACCCGCCCUGAGUGCCUUAGAGCUGCUACGGAUUAAGUAAGAGAACAAUGUUUAUGAAAACGUUUUGUAAACUAUACAAAUGUGGGACAUAAUGUUGCCGGUAACUGUAUGCAAACAAUAGGACAACAAACCAAACGCAAAAGCCUUUUUAACUUGUUGCAAUUUUCCUGCUCCGUGUCCCUCGGCGAAUGAGCAGCGUGCAGCGGGCGUGUGCGCGCAGCUGCGGUUCUCCAUCAGUGGCACACUGCUUAGAUUGCGGACCGGGGAAACCUCUAUCGCGCGCCUGCCGCCUGCCGCCUGGCAGGCUCGCCGCUCCCCUGGGGUCUGCUGCCUGUUGACUCCCUGCCAGAGUGAAACCCGAACUUCCGAGUCACGUGGCGCGCAAAGACAAACCAGGCUGCUCCGGCUUUCUCCGAGCUUUCCCCCAGCUUCCCGGCGGUUCAUAUUCUGGCGCUUACCCCUCCCUUUGGUCUGGCAGAACCCAAUCCCCGCCUGACAAGUCAAAUAAGUCCCGCGAACCGGACGCGGUGGCGCGCGCCUGUACUAAGGCGGGAGAAUCGCCUGAGCCCGGAGGUCGGGGGCUGCAAGAAACAGUGACGCCGCCACCGCACUCCAGCCUGGGAGACAAAGUGAGACCCUGCCUCCAAAAAUAAGAAUAAUAAUAAAUAAAAAAGAACUGCGGCCCCAUUGGCCUGACUGCCCCGACAGCCUACCUGUCUCUGACCAGUUACUGAGGAGGCGGCCUUCAGAGUGUAGCGCCAUUGGCUCGAAGUCCUGCCCCUCCGAAACCUAAGUCUUCAGCUUCCAAUCAGGACUCAGCUUUGGGAAGAGCGCCACGCGGUGGGCGAGGGGAUGCCCCAGUAAUACCGAAGGUGUCUUAACUCCUUCCGCCUUUGUUUGCAACCCUGCCAUGAUCUCCCUCUUGCAAAAUCGAGUGUUAGAGAACAGGCAUUCAAGUGUCCUGUACUCCAGUCACAGCUUUCUCUAUUCUUCCGCUAGGAGACACCAAACCCUCAGGAAUAUUUACUAUACCUAAGAGAAACUGAGGCAGAAAGGGCGCGGCUACCUACUUCUCCUUAAAUUCCGUUUGUGGACGCUCAGACUCUUAGUCCUCUACUCCCAGAUACAGCGGCCUUAUCGUGGCUCCUGACAAGGUGGCACCCACUUUUCUAGUAAACAUGGAUCUCGGAAUCCCUGACCUGCUGGACACGUGGCUGGAGCCCCCAGAGGAUAUCUUCUCAACAGGAUCUGUCCUGGAGCUGGGACUCCACUGCCCUCCUCCAGAGGUUCCAGUGACUAGGCUACAAGAACAAGGAUUGCAAGGCUGGAAGUCCAGUGGGGACCAUAGCUGUGGCCUUCAAGAGAGUGAGCCUGAAGAUUUCCUGAAGCUUUUCAUUGAUCCCAAUGAGGUAUACUGCUCAGAAGCAUCUCCUGGCAGUGACAGUGGCAUCUCUGAGGACCCCUGCCGUCCAGACAGUCCUCCUGCCCCCAGAGCAACCAGUUCUCCUGCCCUCUUUGAGGUUGUCUAUGAGGCAGGGGCCCUGGGGAAGAUGCAGGAGGAAGCUGGGCCAAAUGUAGGCCUCAUCUCCAUCCAGCUAGGUCAGUGUUCUUUGUGGGAAGGGGAUAAUGGCCCUUUGGGACUGGCCCUAACCAUGGGGUUAAGGGGGUUUACCCAACCUGUGCCACUACCCAGACCCUGCUGCUGUCAGGGUGUCCCUACGUCUCCUUUCUCCCAGCUACCUGUGUCUACUGCAGAUCAGUGGAGCCCAGCAUUUAUGGUGCCUGAUGCCUGCAUGGUCAGUGAGCUGCCCUUUGAUGCUCAUGCCCACAUCCUGCCCAGAGCAGGCACCGUAGCCCCAGUGCCUUGUACAACCCUGCUGCCCUGUCAAACCCUGUUCCUGACAGAUGAGGAGAAGCGUCUGCUGGGGCAGGAAGGGGUUUCUCUGCCCUCUCACCUGCCCCUCACCAAGGCAGAGGAGAGGGUCCUCAAGAAGGUCAGGAGGAAAAUCCGUAACAAGCAGUCUGCUCAGGACAGUCGGCGGCGGAAGAAGGAGUACAUUGAUGGGCUGGAGAGCAGGGUGGCAGCCUGUUCUGCACAGAACCAAGAAUUACAGAAAAAAGUCCAGGAGCUGGAGAGGCACAACAUCUCCUUGGUAGCUCAGCUCCGCCAGCUGCAGAUGCUAAUUGCUCAAACUUCCAACAAAGCUGCUCAGACCAGCACUUGUGUUCUGAUUCUUUUUUCCCUGGCUCUCAUCAUCCUGCCCAGCUUCAGUCCAUUCCAGGGUCGACCAGAAGCUGGGCCUGAGGAUUACCAGCCUCACGGAGUGACUUCCAGAAAUAUCCUGACCCACAAGGAUGUAACAGAAAAUCUGGAGACCCAAGUGGCAGAGUCCAGACUGAGGGAGCCACCUGGAGCCAAGGAUGCAAAUGCCUCAGCGAGGACACUGGCUGAGAAGAUGGGAGGGAAGCCAAGACCCAGUGGGCACAUUGGGAACAUGCUGCAUGCAGAUGAGAUGUGAGCUGGAACAACUUCCCAGCCCACUUCCCAAUCACAAGGAGGAAUCCUGGGCUUCCUUAUGGCUUUGCUUCCCACUGGGAUUCCUACUCAGGUGUCUGCCCUAAGGGGUCCAAAUCACGUCAGGACACCCCAGGAGAUGCCUUUUAGUCUCUCUCUGCCUGAGGCCCAGUCUGCAUAUAUGAGAGGGUACCUCAAAUACUUUCGUUGUGUAUCUGUGAUUUUAUUUCUUCUUUGGGGACAGAGUUGAGGGGAAGUAAGUCUUGAGUGAUAAAUAAAUGUUUUAACUAAAAUUGUA